GUCAAACAAUUCGUUUUUACAGUUAUGUUUCUGUCAUCCAAAACCUCUCCGUAGAUGCUCGAGCAGUGCUCUGAAUUCAGAUUAAAAUGAGCGCAUUGAGAUAAGAUGUGUAUUGAGUACGAUGUAUGUUCAGAUAAAAUAUGCAGUAUUGGGGUCGAUCAAUCAAUUCAGUUUUUAUUCGGUGAAAUUGAUUCUCAUUUUAUAAGAUGCCUCUAAAGCAAUUCUUCAACUGUAGGAUAUUGCGUGAUCACCAAAUUAUUGACGAGCAUUUGUGGGUGAGAGAUGGGAAAAUUAUUGAUCCCGAAAAAAUUUUCUUCGAGGAAAAGUGUACGCCAGAUGUGAAGAUUGAUUGCGGUGGCCUCAUUAUUGCUCCUGGGUUCAUUGACAUUCAAAUUAAUGGAGGCUACGGAGUCGAUUUUUCGCACAACAUAGACACAAUAGAAGAAGCGGUUAACUUGGUGGCCAGUAAAAUCAUCGAAAAUGGUAUCACUUCAUUUUGCCCAACGAUCGUCACAUCCCCUAUUCCUGUCUAUAGAUCGAUAUUGCCGAAAAUAAAAAGGACACCUGGUGGAUCACAUGGCGCUUCAGUUCUAGGAAUUCAUGUAGAAGGGCCGUUUAUCAGCCCGGAAAAGAAAGGAGCUCACCCACCCCAUUGCAUAAGAGACUUCAGUAAGGGUUUUGAUUGUGUCGAGCUAGCUUAUGGAUCUUUCGAAAAUAUCAGCAUUGUUACUUUGGCACCUGAACUUCAAAAUAGCAUGGAAGUGAUAAAAAAACUGGUGGAGAAAAAUAUCGUUGUCUCCUUAGGACAUUCUGUAGCUGAUUUGAACAAAGGCGAGGAAGCGUGUAGGAACGGGGCAACUGUAAUAACACAUCUUUUCAAUGCGAUGUUAGGCUUUCAUCACCGAGAUCCUGGAUUAGUUGGUCUCUUGACGUCGGAAAAAAUUCCUCAACCAGUAUAUUAUGGAUUGAUAUCCGAUGGAAUUCAUACACAUCCAGCGGCAGUAAGGGUUGCAUAUAAGUCCCAUCCUGAUGGAGCAGUUUUGGUGACUGACGCAAUAGCAGCUCUUGGUUUAACUGAUGGACAAUAUCAUUUGGGACAGUUGGAUGUUGAAGUUAAAGGCGAAAAGGCCAUGAUAGCAGGAACCGAUAUAUUAUGUGGCUCAACUAGUAACCUCAAUCAAUGCGUACAGAAAUUCCAUAAAUACACAAAGUGCCCAAAAGCCUUCGCACUCGAAGCAGCUAGCCUUCAUCCAGCGAAGGUUCUCGGCAUAGAGAAAAUUAAAGGAACACUAGAUUUUGGGGCAGAUGCAGACUUGAUCUUUGUAAAUGACGAUCUGCGUGUACAAUCAACUUGGAUUGCGGGAGAAAAGGUAUAUCCCAAUUUCUGAUGGAAAGGACUGAUAUUACAAUUAAUGAAAAAUUCUUAUAGAUAUACCUAUACAUAAUUGUAUUUUAUUAAAUAUAUUUUAUAUUCUUCAA